CUACGUUUCCACGUUUCCAAAGCCCGGUCGUUCACCUCAAACGCAAGCAUACAAGUACUUUCAACGAUCCAGUUGAAACAAAUCGAAUAGAAUCAAAUCAGAUUGUCAAUGGAGGGGUCAACACAACAAGAAACCAACACAAACCUAAUCAACUCUUUCAUGGAGAUCACGUCAUCCACUAAAGAAGAAGCUCUGUUCUUCUUGGAGUCUCAUCAGUGGGACCUGGACGCUGCCGUUUCAACUUUCUUAGACGAUGCCACCAUUACUGCCGCCGCUUUUACAUCUCAACCCGACUCUUUUAAUCUCCCUGCCGUUAGCUCUCCCUUGCCAUCACUGUCUCACCAGUCGCCGUCUACUUCUCCGUCUGCGUCUCUGUCUCGUUCUCCAUCUAGGUCUCGAUCUCCCUCUCCCGCUCCUGCUCGCGAACCCUACCAACUGCGCUCGCGCCGCCGACCGGAGAGGAAGGAGGGUAAAAGGGCGUCGGGGACGCGUGGCGGGAUUAGAACGCUUGCUGAUCUCAAUAGGACUCCUCUUGGUGACUCCGAUAGUGACGACGAUGAGCCACAGCAGUAUUAUACUGGUGGUGAGAAGAGUGGAAUGCUGGUCCAGGAUCCUACUAGAGGUUCUGAUAUUGAUGUGGAUACAAUUUUCAAUCUAGUUAGACACUCAGCUGUAGAACCACGCAGCAGUCACCAUCAACCAUCUUCUAGCUCAAAAGCCUUCACUGGAACAGCAAGAUUACUCACUGGGGAGCCGGUGCCAUCUGCUCCUUCUCAACCUUCUCAACCUGAAGAAGUUGUUCACAACAUUACUUUUUGGAGGAAUGGAUUCACUGUGGAUGACGGUCCAUUGCGGAGAAUGGAUGAUCCUGCGAAUGCAUCCUUCUUGGAGAGCAUCAUGAGAUCUGAGUGUCCGAGGGAGCUUGCUACUCCAGAUAGGAGAGGGGGUGUGCAUGUUCAACUCAAUAAGCGUGAUGAAGAGUACUCUGAACCACCAAAGCGCCGUUCUUCUUUCCAGGGUGUAGGCAGAACUUUAGGUAGCAGUGUAACCCCUGCUUCUGCCAUCUCUGAACCCAGUGCUGGUGCCACUUUCUUCACAGCUGCUCCAUCACCAUCAAUAGGUCUAGUUGUGGAUUCAUCAUCACCAACUACCUCAAUUCGGCUGAGAUUAGCAGAUGGUACUCGCCUGGUUUCCCGCUUCAACUACAACCAUACAAUCAGAGAUAUUCAUGCCUUCAUUGAUGCAUCUAGACCUGGUGGCCCAAGGAACUAUCAAUUGCAGGCAAUGGGGUUCCCUCCUAAGCAAUUAACUGAUCUGAACCAAACAAUAGAGCAAGCCGGUAUAGCCAAUUCAGUGGUUAUACAGAAACUCUAGCCGCAUUGUCUUUCUUCUCCUGCACUUUACUUAUUUUUCUUUUUCUUUCAAAAUCGACCUUCAAUCUGAUGGGAUUCAAUUCAUCUUCAGAGAAAGAUUUACAGUAGCUAUAGAGGUAUCGGUUUUGUUGUCUUUAGUAUGACAUGAUGAUUCAACAACUUCAUGUUUAAGAUAAUUAAUUCUGGUACUGUAUUCUGCAACUCUUUUUUAUCAGUUCAAAUCAAUUUCAACCUUCCAUCCCCCAGAAA